AUGACAAGUUCACCAAACGGCCGUUCAAGAACUCUUUCUUCGCCUGCCAUGUACAUGUCUCCAAAUCUGUCACCCUCCAGUUCUUCCAUGUCAUGUUCUUCACCUCAAUUCCUACAAGUUGCGAGUAAUGAUAGCAACAGUACAAGUCAAAUGUCGCCAGUCUCCCCACAUCAAUCAGAACCAUUUAAUUUUUCAUCCUUUAGAGAGCAAUAUCAACAGCAAUUUUCAUUGAGCAAGUCAGAAUCCUCAAUCACUGCUCUUAAAGGUAACUCUGGAAAGCAACACCAUCAACGACAUAAUUCAACGCCUGCAAUUACGGUAACAGAAUCGAAACCACGAAGUAGAAAAAAGAGUAUUGCAAAAUCUUCACCUGCAAGCCCACUAAUCCACAUUCCAUCAAUUCAAAUUCAGGGUGUUGAAUCCGCUGCUACCUCAGUUUCUACAGUGACAGCAGCUAUUCCCAAAAGAACAAGACGAAAUUCCAUGUCAUCUCUUGAUAAAGACAAUUCCUCAGUUAGUGGACCCUUAACAAAACAGAACAAAAUGCAAAACACCUUAAGCAAAACAAUAGUUUUCAACAAUUAUUAUGAUGAAAUUCAGUUCAAAAAGAAACAUGGGCCAAACUGCACUUUCUAUAAAUUUACUGAGUACAAGUAA